AUGAUCUUAUUGGGUCAGCAUAGAUUAAGCUUAGGAAAAUUUAUUUUCCUCUAGAGACGAUGGAUUUUAUAGGGUUAUGCAUAUGAGAUUGCCCUUCCAAUUUAAUCAAUUGUCACCACUGCCACCUUCGAACCACACGCUGUACGAAAUAUACCUGAUAGACCAUUGAUUUUCUUGGAAGACGACAUAUACGCACUCGUAUUGAAUGAAUCCUGGUUCUACCAUUCCACGGCAGCGCGGUUCAGUCGGUUGAAAUGCUCAACCUUUUCGUGGGUUUUACUAUAGAGCAGAAAGGCAAACAGGAAAAAUGGGGGUGGCAGGGGGAUUUUGGGAUUUGGUGAAACCUGUUGCACGCUACGAAGAUGUGGAAUAUUUGAGAGGGAAGAAAAUGAGUGUAGAUCUCUCAUAUUGGAUUGUUCAACAAGAGACUGCUCUUAAAGGAAAUGCCAGGAAACCCCACCUGCGCCUCACCUUCUUUCGAACUGUCAACUUAUUUGCAAAGCUUGGUGUAUUUCCACUGUUUGUUGUGGAUGGGGAUGCUCCAACUUUGAAGUCUCCAACACGGUUGGAUCGUUUUUGUAAAAUGACAGGGAUCGAUUACUCUUCCCAUAAAAAUGUUGAAAGCACCAUCAUUGCACGUAAUCCUGUCUUUAAUCAAUAUAUUGAAGAAUGUGUGGAGCUGUUAGAUCUUAUGGGCAUGCCGGUUUUAAGAGCAAAGGGUGAAGCUGAAGCACUUUGUGCACAACUUGAUAGAGAAGGAAGGGUGGAUGCUUGUCUUACAGCUGAUAGUGAUGCAUUUCUUCAUGGGGCUAAAUGUGUAAUUAAGUGCCUUCGAGUAGAUUGUAAGGAACCCAUUAUUGAAUGCUAUAGGGCAUCAGAUAUUGAUACAUGCCUCAGGUUGAAGAGGAAGCAUCUAAUAGCAUUAGCAUUGUUGGUGGGUUGUGACUAUAACUCACAUGGAGUACCGGGCAUUGGGCUUAACACUGCAGUGCGCAUUACCCACUUAUUCCAGGAAGAGGAGAUUCUUGACAAGCUUUGUGAAAUAGGUAAGGGAAACACAUUGUUAUGUUCAGAGAUGGACAAUUCUAAAACAGAAAAUUUUGAAUCAGAACACACAGCUGGCAUGCCUGUGAAAAAAAGACCUCACUGUUCUCAGUGUGGGCACCCAGGGAACAAAGUGAGUCAUCUUAAGCUUGGGUGUGAUGGUUGCAAGGGCCUUUACAGUGAUGCAAAGUGUGUAGAAAAAUAUCCCGGUUGGAAAUGUGCAUGUGCAGGCUGCAUGCAGGAGCAGAAAAAGAAGGAACACAAUAAAUGGCUGCACUGGCAAACAAAAACUUUUUCUAAAAUUUGUGCAACUGAUGGAUUUCCAAAUAACGAAAUUGUCAAUAUGUAUCUUGGCAAUGAAACCAGUGCUCUUGGUGAUUUACAGAUGAAUGCAGAAUCUCUUUCAUGGCAGGCCCCUAAAAUGGAGUUCCUUGAAGACUUCCUGGGCCAUCAUUUAUUUUGGGAUCGAUCAUACACACGUCAGAAAAUCCUUCCUCUCUGUUCUGUGAUGUUAUUGAGGAAAAUGGCAGCAAAUAAGGAAGGAGUAAGUGCAUCAGAGGAAAGCCAGCUUCUGUACAAUAGAUAUGUGCCACAUUCAGUUGAGCGUAUUAAAGUCCGUUACUCCCAAUCCUUCUAUGUACUUAAAUGGAAACAUGUCAAUUCUGAGUGCAAUAAUGAUGAUUGGUUGGGCUUAAAAUCUAAAGACUUACAGCUGCAGAAGAGAAAAGCCUCAGUGGUAUGCAAUUUUCAGAAUGGAUGUGAUGAAGAAUUUCAAGCAGUUGAAGUUCAUACCACAAAAGGAAAUUUAUUUAUAACGACAGAUGAAGACGUGGAGCUUGUUAGGGCUGCAUGUCCCAAGCUGGUGGAAAUUUUCGAAUAUGAAAAGGCUGCUAAGAAAAGGAGGGCUGCUGUAUCAAAAUGUAGUAAAGGAAAAGAAACCUCUACUGUAAAGCAACUCACCAUAACAUCAUAUUUUAAGGCUACAAAAGGACUAGUUAGAUCAAAGCCUAGGAAAACAUCAUCUACAGUUGGAGAUAGCAAGGACAGAAAUACUCGUGCAAAUCUUACCUUACCUGUUCCACUUGAAAAAACAGUAGAAAGCAUAAAAACCAUGGUUCCUGUAAUUAAUGAUCCAGUUUCACAAGUUGAAUUAAGCACUCAUGACCUAGUUUAAACAAAAUAACAAAACUAUUUAUUCAAGGUGAAUUCCUGAACCAGAACGUGUUGAGGGCUGUAAGAAGAUGUUUGUUCUAAUCUAAGAGCUGAUUGGGAAUUGCAAUAGCUACCAACUUGUCAGAAAUGUUGGAAUACAUAUUAUACAUUUCCCUUCAUAGAUUUACAUGCUUUUGGAGCAUAUAAGCCUCUGUCAAUGUAAAUUAUUGUCCUAUUUAUCAGCUAUUAAAUUUUUGUUUUAAAUUGUAUAUAUCAUGUCCACGGUCAGCAGAACUGGAUUUGAGAACUUGUGUAUUUAAGAAAUUGAGUAAUAAAUUCGCUCCCUAUCUUUUUAUACAAAUGUGAAUGCCCUACAUGAACAAUU